AUGCACAAAAACAUCACACGAGAGAUAUAUCCAUUGCCAGAAAAACAAUCUCGAUUUCUCUCUCGUCUCUCCAACAACACGCGACGACGGAAGAAAGAGAGAGAGAGAGAGAGCACCACCGGUGGUCGCGCUUUCGUGGUCUCUUUUUGCUCCUCUAUAUAUAGUGUUUUCUUUGUUGGCGUGUUCUUUUUGGUCCAUUUUUGUCUGUUAAAAAAAGACCGCGCGUUUGUGGUCAAUAUUUUUCCAUUCCAACGGUAA